AUGCAUUCUUAGAUUUUUUUACCUAUUUCCAAGUAAGAUACCAAGCAAUUUCAAUAUUGGACCAAGUUUAAGGAAAUUAUUGAUCCAAUCAAUUAAACCAUUGAAGUCUCUAAAAUUCCUAUAUUUUUCCAAUCCAUUCAAAAUCCAAAAAGUAACUAAGAAAAUUAAACAUCUACUACCAUUUAAAAGUUACAAUUAAAAAACAAUCUAAGUGCAUAAGAUAGAAUAUGUUGUAUUAAUGAUAAUUAAAUUAAACCUUGUGAAUUUGAAAUGAAAUUGAAAGAAAUCUCAGAAAAAAUUAAUAAAACAUUUCAUUAAAAUAAUACUCAUCUUGAAAUACUGUUGAAGAUGGAUGAUACAACUUAAGAUGCAAAAGUAAAAUUAGAAAUCGGUAACUAAAGAACUACAUCCACAACUAGAAGAAUAGAUUUCAAAAGAAGAAAUACAGAUUAUUAUUCAUUAAAACCAAUAAAUAUAUGA